AUGGCUGUCGCACCCCAUAACUCCAUGAGCCGCGCGUUCUUCCUGGUGCCCCUUCUCGUGGUGCUCGUCUUGCUUGCAGCGAGUGCAGCAGCAGCCACGGCACAACAAACCAGCCGGCUGCGAGGGAGGUCGUUGGCUGCCUUUAAUACGCUGGAAAAGAACGUAACACGGCCGGUCAAAACCCCCCUCGACGACAUGAAAAAGAACGGCGAGGGGUCAGGAAACAACGGGAACAACGGGAACGGCGGGGGAGCUACUGGCGCCGACGACCAAGAAGCAGCGGACGAGGCUGACGCAACGUUAAGCACCGACGACGUUGGUGACGAGAACGAGCAAUCCGGUGACAACGGGUCGUCCGAUCACGACAAUAACCACGACGACGAGCACGCCCAAUCCAGCCAGCCCACGCCGACGCCUCCGCCGUCCGAUGGCUGCCCCACGUCCCCUGACGUGUGCAGCUUCGUGUUCAAGGGCUACGAGGACUCGAUCCCCGUGUUCCCGCUUCCCAAGACCGCCGACUCCCCGAUCGGCCCUACCAUCGAAGGCAACGUGAAGGGCAGCUCGAUCGUCGUGCGCACGCUCAACUCGAAGGACGCGGUGUACCCGUGCACGAAGAAGAGCGGCAUGGAGAAGCUCAAGGACCAGUUCUACGCCGUCAACGAUGUGAUCCAAGUGCGCACCAUCCAGUCAGAGGACGACAGGAAAAAGCUGAGCGGCGAGAUCGUCAAGGUGCGGAUCUCGGGCGCGGCGAUCGACGUGUUCAACGAGCUCUUCAACCUCAACCCCGGCGAUGGCUCCACGUCCUUCCCCGAGGAGAAGCGCUGCGUCGUCUUCCAAGUCGCCUAG